AUGGUACAACCACCCAAUUCAUCACCGCCAUCCCUUCGGAAUAUAAAGAGUAAAAUAUUUACGAUAAGGACGUUUUACAUUUUGGUGUUAGCGUUAUCUGUGAUUUCUGUGGUGGUUUUUAUUAGUUCCUAUCGGGGAGAAGCACCAACUGUAAAUCAGGAGGAAGAAACAUUGUUACAUGAAGGGCGUGAUGGUAAAAAACAUCAUGAUAUAUUGGAGAAAUCGGAUAGGACAGAAAGAUCUUCGUCAUCGGAUUUGGAACAUGGAUUUCGUCCUUCGGAGCAGCAAGGUGAAGAGAAAGGUCUUGAAGAACAAAAGAAACCUGAAAUUAAGGAAUUAACAAUUUGGUCGACAAGUUUUCACAUUUCCCCAAUAUUUUGUUUGAGACAUUUUAUGAAAAACAUUUUCGAAAAGAAGACAGGAAUUAAGGUGAAUAUUAUUGAAAAAUCACUGAGUGGACAUUGUCACUUAACGGGACAUUGUGCUAGAGAUUUGAGAGUAUUAAACCAUGACAGUGCUAAAGGAGAACAUGGAUGCACUGUCCCAACAGCAAAAGCCUUGUACGAAGCUUACAAGUCAGAUCCAGUUUUCAAAAACGUGGAUCUCAUAAUGUGUGAUCACAACAUUGCCAUGUGUGAAUUAUACAUGCCAUUUGAUGUUCCAAUGGUUCUCUACGCAACAACAAGAUAUGAACUCUGGAGACAUGAUCCACAUAGAUGGAAAAAUUUAAACGAAAAUAUCAAGCUUAUUGCAAGUAAGAAACAACAUACAGUUGUCGCAAACAAUUUGUAUGAUGCCAAAUAUUUGAAUUACUUUACUGGAAUGUAUGUUCCAGUACUGGACAGCUUUUGUGGUUAUUCAGCAGAUGAAGGAACAUAUAAUCCAAAGAGGACUGAAAUUUUGAUUGGUCCCUCAAGACUCUCUGUGAACCUUAACAAUCUUUUAUUGAACGAGUUUUACGGUUAUGCUAAAAAAGAUCAGUCCUCUCUCAAGUUAUCCACAAUUCGUGAACUUUAUUCUCAUUACAAGUACUCGGAUUUGGCAAGCCAUCCAGCUAUUGUGGUCAUUCCUUAUCAAUUAUCUGUGAUGAGCUUUUUCGAAUAUUAUAGAUUGGCUAUUCCAAUCUAUUAUCCAAGUGUGGAAUUAUUGACUCAAUGGCACAUGCAACAUCAUAUUUUAUCUGAGAAAACAUGGCAUAUGGUUUUACAGAGAAGACCUGGCCGAGGAUCUCCUAUUGAACCCCAUCCAAAAUCAAACAUUCCAAAAGAAAUGGAUCCUAACAAUGAAGAAAAUGCAGCAAGUGUAAAAUAUUGGAAUGAAUUUAGCGAUCUCUAUCAAUGGCCUCAUGUCAUUUACUUUUCAUCCAUUGAAGAUUUAUAUCAAAAACUUUCUAAAGCUACCCCAGACUACUACAAGGAAAUUAGUAACAAAAUGCAGGAAUAUAAUCAACAGUUACAGGAUCAUCUCAUCAAACAAUGGACUGGAAUUGUUGAACGAGUGGCAGAACACAAGCAACAAGGAAGAAAAACAUUUCCCAAUUUUAAUGAGGCAAUGAAAGCGCUGUGGAAUAAGGAAUCUAAGUGUGACAUAUAA